AUGGCCUCCGUCUGCAAGCUCGCCUGCAUCUACUCCGCCCUCACCCUGCAGGAGGACAAGAUCAAUGCCUUCAUUAAAGCAGCUGGUGUCAAUGCCCUGGCCAAUGUCAACAUUGGGAGCCCCCUCUGCAGUGUAGGGGCUGGUGGGCCUGCUCCAGGAGCUGGAGGGGCUCCAGCAGGCGGUCCUGCCCCCUCUACUGCUGCUGCCCCAGCUGAGGAGAAGAAAGUGGAAGCAAAGAAGGAAGAAUCUGAGGAGUCUGAUGACGACAUGGGCUUUGGUCUUUUUGACUAAACCUCUUUUGUUAACAUGUCCAAUAAAAAGAUGAGCCUGUUUA